GAAAAAAAAAACCGUCAAAAUUCUGUCAUCAUUGUGGAGCUCUCCAGGCCAACUUGUUGGUAGUCUGGAGUCGAAAUCGACGGCUUCCUCCAAAUUUAAAAUUACGGUGGUAAGCACACCCAGUCCGUCACCGCCACCGACGCCACCGUUAAACGUCGGUCGAUCGUCGCACAAUUUAAAUAUGGUCGAGUCCACAUCACCACUUAUGGAACGCGCUAUUAAACGUUGUCCAUCGAGCCCGUUAAACGAUCAGCAUAUGCAGCAAAAUCAAUUGCAGUCGCAGCAUCAACAGUAUUUACAUAAUGGUUUUAAUAACAACAACAAUCAAAGUAAUAACUGCCAAAGUCCCCGUACCCCGCCAACACCAAAUGCCGCCUAUCUUACUACGGCAAUGCUGCUAAAUUCACAACAAUGUGGCUAUUUAGGGCAACGCUUGCAAUCGGUUUUCCAGCAACAACAUCAACAGAUUCACUCGCAAACGCCAUCCUCAGACGAUGGAUCCCUAUCCGGCGUUACAAUCAUCGAGGAUGAACGUCCGCCACGACCUUCAGCCGCUGGCAAUACAGCGACCGCUGCUGCUGCAGCUGCUUCUCUUUUCACUAUAGAUAGUAUAUUGGGUUCGAGAUCGCAGGUCGCAGCAGUUACUACGGCGAACACUUCUAACCAUAACCAACUGAUUAACAUCAGUAAUGGUAAAGGUUCGGAUUCACCCGCCUCGCCGAGUUCGAAUUCCAGUUCAGCCGCCACUAGUCCUACACGUCCUCAACGAGUACCACCAAUGCUGCAGCAUCCCGGUUUGCAUUUAGGGCAUUUAGCUGCUGCAGCCGCAACUGGCUUUGCUGCUUCACAUUCGGAUUUCUUAGUUGCUUAUCCCAACUUUUAUCCAAAUUAUAUGCAUGCCGCGGCUGUGGCACAUGUGGCUGCUGCUCAAAUGCAAGCCCAUGUUAGCAGCCAUGCGACUGGCUUAAGUCAUACGCAUCCCCAUCAUCCUCAUCAUCAUUUGCAUCCCGGUCAUCAUGGACAUCAUGUGGCGACUCAUUUAGGUCAUGGACCACCGCCGAAACGAAAACGUCGACAUCGCACAAUUUUCACUGAAGAGCAAUUAGAGCAAUUGGAGGCGACUUUCGAUAAAACCCAUUAUCCGGAUGUAGUGCUGCGCGAACAAUUGGCUUUAAAAGUCGAUUUAAAAGAGGAACGAGUAGAGGUUUGGUUUAAAAAUCGACGAGCCAAGUGGCGUAAGCAAAAACGUGAAGAACAAGAGCGCCUACGAAAAUUACAAGAGGAACAAUGCAUUAGCAAUAGCACUGUCAACAACAAUAGCAGCAAUAACAACAAUAAUAAUUCAACGACGACGGCAACAGCGAUCAUUAAUCUAAAAUGUACGCCUGAAGAUUAUGCGGCGCAAUUGCAAAUCAAAUCAGAUCCAACAUAUAGUGAUGCCGAUGAAUCCGAUUUGGAGGUAGCAUAA